AUGCUAAAUAGUCCGGAACUGCCGUUAUUUACUUCACAGCCAAUCGAUUACAUUCAAUGUGUCACAUUCGCAUUACAAACCGGCGUGUUUUUCUUGCUGCAGUGUUUCUGGAAUUACCUAUGCAACCGAGUCGCAAAGCGAUCGUUCAUGGGCUCUUGGGAAUUCAAGUUCUAUAUCUUAUGGGCACUUGGAAGUGCUGCCAUGUUUCCAGUGCUGCAGUGGCGAUGGAGCGAUGAUGAGUUGUUGAGUGAAGUUGUGCCACAGCUGGCAUAUGCCUUGCAAGUGUUGAUCACUGCUAGCCUUGGUGUUCGCUCCCACUUUAGAUUCAGAAGACUCUUGAAACUGUGCAAAGACAAGAUCGGUGCCCGAUUGAUGUAUUUCAAGGACAUGAACGUCAUGCUCACUAUCAUUUUGUUUGUCUACGGUGCCACGCUUGUCUUGCUGUGCGCAGACGGACUGACGACGAACAUGACCAUCAAUUCCAACAAGUUUGCCAUCGACCUAUUGAUUGCCAAUACUAACAUGUGUGUUAUCUUUCUUUGGCUUUCAUUCAUUUCGAUUUUCCACCCUCGAAAAGCGGCAGGCAACAAGGUAAACACGUCCCAGAACUCAACCCACGAUCCAGAGGAGUCAACGAACCCUCGGCUCAACAAAUUCAUCAUGAACGACACAACAAAGCGAUACAACAACAAUACAGGCUCGCCCCUUCCUCCACCUAUCUCCACAGCGGAUUCAUCACAACCAGCAGCACAAUCAUCGUCCCGCUCACCAGAACCACUGUUUUCUCCCGACGCUCCCUCACCACAACCGCUGUCGCCUCCCCCACCGCACGCAGGCAUUGACAGCUAUUAUCAGCGCGCAACUGGCACUGCAUCCAGCACCACUGGCACUGGCAUUGACAGCUACUACCAUCACCGCACGACUGGCGCGGCGUCCACUACGACCGGAAUAGAUAGCUAUUAUCAACAUGGCCCCACAAAAGAAAACGGCUGGUAA